CGCCAAGCAAAAGUCAUGACCGCCGCCGCGGGCUCGGCGAGCCGUGUCGCGGUGCCCUUGUUGUUGUGCGCGAUGCUAGCGCCGAGCGGCGCCUACGUGCUAGACGACUCCGACGGGCUGGGCCGGGAGUUCGAUGGCAUCGGCGCAGUCAGCGGCGGCGGGGCAACCUCCCGGCUUCUAGUAAAUUACCCAGAGCCCUAUCGUUCUGAAAUACUGGAUUAUCUAUUUAAGCCAAACUUUGGUGCCUCUUUGCAUAUUCUAAAAGUGGAGAUAGGUGGCGAUGGACAAACAACAGAUGGCACUGAACCCUCGCACAUGCACUAUGAGCUGGAUGAGAAUUAUUUCCGAGGCUAUGAGUGGUGGCUGAUGAAGGAAGCUAAGAAGAGGAACCCGAACAUUAUACUCAUGGGGUUGCCAUGGUCAUUCCCUGGAUGGCUGGGCAAAGGUUUCAGCUGGCCUUAUGUCAACCUUCAGCUGACGGCCUACUAUGUUGUAAGAUGGAUUUUGGGUGCCAAGCAUUAUCAUGAUCUGGACAUUGAUUAUAUUGGGAUUUGGAAUGAAAGGCCAUUUGAUGCCAACUAUAUAAAGGAAUUAAGAAAAAUGCUGGAUUAUCAAGGUCUUCAGCGAGUGAGAAUCAUAGCGAGUGAUAAUCUCUGGGAGCCAAUUUCGUCUUCCGUGCUGCUUGACCAGGACCUCUGGAAGGUGGUUGAUGUUAUAGGAGCUCAUUAUCCCGGAACCUACACAGUAUGGAAUGCAAAGAUGUCAGGGAAGAAGCUUUGGUCAUCUGAAGAUUUUAGCACUAUUAACAGUAAUGUUGGCGCAGGCUGUUGGGGUCGUAUAUUGAACCAGAAUUACAUCAAUGGCAAUAUGACUGCCACAAUUGCUUGGAAUUUGGUGGCUAGUUAUUAUGAAGAAUUGCCUUAUGGACGAAGUGGAUUGAUGACAGCUCAGGAGCCGUGGAGUGGAUAUUACGCAGUAGCAUCUCCUAUCUGGGUAUCAGCUCAUACCACUCAGUUUACUCAACCAGGCUGGUAUUACCUGAAGACAGUUGGUCAUCUAGAGAAAGGAGGAAGCUACGUAGCUCUGACUGAUGGCUUGGGGAACCUCACCAUCAUCAUUGAAACUAUGAGUCAUCAACAUUCUACGUGUAUACGGCCGUAUCUACCAUAUUAUAAUGUCUCACGUCAGCUGGCUACCUUCACUCUAAAGGGAUCUUUGGGAAGCCCUCCACCAACUGAGGCCUUUUCUGAUGUCCAGUACCCAUUUUUUAGUGAAGCUCCAAACUUUGCUGAUCAGACUGGCGUGUUUGAGUACUACACGAAUAACGAAGACCUCGAGCAUCGGUUCACACUGCGCCAAGUUCUCAACCAACGACCUAUUACCUGGGCUGCAGAUGCUUCCAGCACAAUCAGUAUUAUAGGCGAUUACCACUGGACCAACAUGACCGUGCACUGUGAUGUUUACAUAGAGACCCCUCGGAGCGGCGGUGUGUUCAUUGCUGGGAGAGUGAAUAAAGGUGGCAUCUUGAUUAGAAGUGCUACAGGAGUUUUCUUCUGGAUCUUUGCAAGUGGCUCUUACAGAGUUACAGCUGACCUGGGUGGAUGGAUAACGUAUGCUUCAGGACGUGCGGACAUUACAGCAAAACGAUGGUAUACACUCACCUUAGGCAUUAAGGGUUAUUUCGCCUUUGGUAUGUUGAACGGCAAGAUCCUGUGGAAAAAUGUCCCUGUGAAAUACCCAGGGCACGGCUGGGCUGCGAUCGGAACGCACACCUUCGAGUUUGCACAGUUUGACAACUUUCACGUGGAAGCUUCUCGCUAAGUCCUCACAGGGCGUUAAGACAGGAUUUGGAUUUUCUAUUUUUGAUUGUGGUUCAGGGCCAAUUCUGAUUUUGAUGGAUCUAUAGAUGAGCCUUUGAGGCUGACAAUAAUGAGGAGUAAAUAGGGGACAUGGUACGUUCUUGUUGGAUCCUGUGAAAGAUUUCUUUGGAGCCAACUCCAGAGGGGAUGCAGACAGUCUUUGGGACUGCCUGGGGUAGCUCUUUAAGGCCCACUGUUGGUCAGCCCCAUCCUUCAGGAGUGCUUGGGUGGUUCUGGCCUUGUAGCCUUUGCACUGAUCCCGAGGUAGCUCCCUCCGUAUUGUUUGUAAAUGAUCAUGCAUCUGGCGGGGACCACAGAGGUGUUUUUGUGAGCUCUGACCACCGGCCUUAGCCCAGGCUUCCUUAGAAGAUGCUGAUGGCUAAGAGGCUACCAAUGAGCACUUCAACAAAUACUUCAGUAUGCAGCCUUCUCUCCCUCUGUCUCUCUCUCCCCCACCCCAUCCCCCUCUCUUUCCCCUCCCUCCCCCAUCACUGUCUCCUCGCCCCCCCCAACCCCACCAGGAUGAUAUUUUUGGAAUUGUGUGAAAUGAUGGGAUGAUUUGAAAAUUACCUCAUUAAUAAACUAACACCAAAGCCAUUUUUGGAGCCAGAUUAAUUGGGUUAUUGUGCUUUUUAACUAUCUUACUUCCAACUUUUAAAUGUCACCAUCUUUAUAUCUGCCUUGAGAACAUUUCCCCCAUAUAAGCCAAUGCUGUAGGCGAGUCUGGCAGCUUCCCUGUUCAUUUCUUGUGCCUUUUGCAGUAUGUCCUCACAAGGGUCCAAACGCAGCCUAGCACCGGUGAAUGAAUGCCUUCAUCUGUCUGUGCAUGGCAGGAGGAUGCGUAACUAGCUCACAGAUUUGGACCAUCUCCUGAUGGUUUUGGAUAGAUGCACUUACUAUAUUCCCAGUGUUUAUAUUUAAAUGUUGUCAAGCAUGUUUCUCAUUAGUGUGAUUUAUGUAACAUUAAUGUAACUCGUAGAAACAGAUCAAUUUUCCAUGUGGGUAAAGUGAAUUCUGGAAUUCUUUAUAAGGAAAAAUGACUCACUGACUUGACUCUGCUCCAUAGGAAUGUGUAGUGAGUGCUCUAACACGGGCAGAAGUACAGUGAGGUCUGCUUUACUUUCGAAAACUUGAAACCAAGGCUAAAUGAUUUAUUGUUUAGAUUUUAAAAUAUUUUUGAAAAGUAAUUCACAAGUAUAAUUUGUAUAUCAUAGAAUAUUCUUAUUUUAAGUGUAUAGUUUGCAUCGGUAAAUGUAAACAUUCCCUUGUAACCCACACCCCAUUGAAGCUAUAGGAUAUUUGUAUCACUCCAGAAAGUUCUCUGUUACUCCUAUACAAUCAGUUCCUCUCACUCCUUAUUUCAAGCAACAGUGACAUCUCUGUUGCCAAAAAAAAAAAAAAAAAAUUGUUUUGAAAGCAUGAAAGUGACAGGGAGUGCUAUGUACUCUUCUGAAUGGAUGUCUCCCCUCAGCAUGAUGCUGUAAGAUUUGUCCAGACUGUAAGAUUCUGCCAAAACGGUGCACUCCUCAUUUCUGAAGGGGACCACACUGAAUGGAUGGACCACGAUUUGGGUUUCCAGCUCCUAUUUUUAUGAGAUUAAAAAUAAAAAUCAUAACAGCAUUAACAUACAAA